AUGGACGCCGUCGCGUUCCCGCCUCCCCCCGCCCCCUUCCUCGACGACGACCUCGAUUUCGGCGACUUCGCCUUCGCCUCUCCCGCCGCCGAUCCCCUGCCCCAUCUCCCCGCCGCCGCCGCCGAUGCCAACUUCGCCGCCUUCGACGACGACUGGGGCGACUUCGUCGCAAGCCGCCUCGGAUCCAGCCCGGAUGGUGGGUCCACGACGGCGACGGCGACCGACGUGGCCCCGGCCGCGGCCGAGAAGCCCUCCUGGGAGAGGCCGCGGGGCCCGCUCCCCCUCUCCCUGUUCGGCGCCGACGACGAGGAGGAGGGGCCGGCCGAGACGCCGACGCCGCCUCCGCCUCCGCCGGCCACGGAUCUAUAUAGGGCGACGCACACCUCCGCCGACGGAUCGAGGCCCGGUGAUCUGAAGGACCUCAUCGCCGGCCUCUAUGGAUCUCAGCCGCUCUCGUCUCCCGACGCCGCAGAGGUGGGGUCGGUGGCGGAGGAGGAUGGCGACGGAUUCGGAGAUGAUGGGUGGGAAUUCAAGGCCGCGCCUUCGGCGUCCGAUGCUGGACAAGAUGGAGGCGCGCUUGCACAUGGGGAUGUUACUGAGGAUAUAUCAAAGUCAAUGAGCAGCAACCAGGACGACUGGUCAUUAUUUACUAACAUUAAUGAAAAUUUGAACCAUGUGCAAACCACAGAUCAUGUUGAAACUCGUGAGUCCACUGGACAAAGUGUGAAGGCCUUUAGUUAUUUUCCACCUAAUAAUGCAUCCAUACUCGACCUGUACAAAGAAAGUGAACCGAUUGAUGUUGUCCACAUGAUGCAAAGUUCUUCAGAAAGUGUGCAGAGCUCUUCUGAUAUGUUCUCUAAUACUGAAAUGAACUCUUCAUUUGGAACAGAUGAAAACCAUUCAAUUAAAUCUGCAAGUGAUAGGAUUUUGAUUGAUUUCUAUUAUAAGCUGAGAGAAGAAUCAUUGACAGUAAUAUCCCAGUAUAAGAAUGAUUUUAAGGAAGACCAGAAGAGUUCUAUGCUUUCUGAUGAAAAGAAUGAAGCGACAGAAGCUGAAAGGGAGAUUCAGGAAAUUUGCAAAGAAUUGCAUAAUUCUUCACUUGAGAAAGGUUGCAAAGAGGAACAUCCUUCAAAGGAUGUAUGCAUUUCUGAACUUCUUAAAAGUGCUAAAGAGGAUCAUUUGAAGGAUUUUGAUCAAGAAUAUCAUUUAACAGAAACGAUAGCAAUGGCACUGGAAGACAUGAGUUCUGCUGUUAAACUCUACAAGCACAGCAUGUCAAUCCUUCAUACCUUGGAACUCGCAUCCAAAGAGGAGCAAUGUGAUUAUGUUAGUGCAUGGUACAGUAUGCUUCUGUCCUGUGCUCAAGAAUUGCAGCAUGGUGCGAUGCUCUGGCAAGAAUCUUGUCAUGCAAAUGUCAGCGACACAGUAAUUUCUCAAGGUGCUCAUUGCUUUGUUGCACUUGGGGAGAUAUACAGAGUUGCGCAGAUCUUACAUUUAUCCUUGCAAUCUUUCAAGCCUUGGGUUCUUGCAGAUCCUGGAAUGUUCAAUAAAAUGUUGGUUUGUUGGAAUAACUGCAUGAAUUCAUGGACUAGUGGUUUAAGAACAGCUCUUGCAAUGGUUGUUGACAGCAAUAACUUGGAUGAACCUGUUGCUAAAGCUCUUCUCCAGUCUAUCAAUAAUAUUAAUGAAAUUGAGGUCGCCAAUCUUCAAAGUUCCCUUCCCAACAACAAGAUGGCAUGUAAACUUACCCUCCUGCCAACUAGUCUUGUACCAGGAAUGGAAGUGGUCAUUUGGGAUGAUGACCACUAUUUUGUUAAAGUUGCAAAUCUGUGGGCAAACCGGAUAUCUCCUGACCCUCCCCGGUUUUCAGUCACUCCUAUUGCUUAAAAAAGCAAAGAAAUCAACAAUUGUUCAUAUUGUUAAGUAAUCUGUCAUGACGUGGGAACGGGACACCUUUAGACAAAGUUUGACUCAAUACUGAUAGGAGCAUUAGAAGCUAGAGUAAAACUUUAUCAUCAGGUUCCUCUGUACAACUGCUUCAGAAAGGCUAACGGUAUUGGUCAAUGAUUAUUCUUUUGUGCUAGUAUAUUGCACCAUUUUUUUUGCCCGUAGUGCUUGGUAAAUGCACUAGUAUAAAAAGCCAAAGUGCUUUUGUAGCUGUCAACACAUUCUGUUUAGACUGGACUAAAGUACAGCGCAUUGAAGUGUACAGACCGUGAGAUACAGUGGGUGUAUCAGUGUAUGGUAUAAACUCGAGACAGUGUAAGAUUCAAAAGUCAGUAUAGAAGAGAGGUAUGAGGCUGUACUGAGCAGAUUACAAGCUACUGUGUAUAUCAGCUGGCAUGUUCUUGUUCUGACAUCCUAAUGCUGCUGGCAGAUUAGUCCAAACCAGCAACUGUCUGCUGGCAGAUUAGUCCAAACCAGCAACUGCCUGCUGGCAGGAGAUCUGCAAAUGAUUUGGAGCAUGUUAAAUAAAUCUGAAAUCGCCGACCACAGUUGAGGCUCCGUUCGGAACACAGGGAAAAAGUUCUGUUUUUAUUUGAACACGGUUAUUUCCUGUUAAAUUCUUGUAUUCCAGACAUGCCCGGAUGGCUUCAGAUACGCUGUAACCAAAAUUAGAUUUGCUGAACCACAUAACCAUAGAUUGUCCAUGAUCCCUUACCACAGUUUAAUAACACGUUGACAGAGUGAGAUUGUCCUUGAGA